GCGCAGAUUCUCUCUCGAAAGUCGUACCAAUCUCUGUUCAUGGCCGAUCCAAUCGGUCUGCCACAUUUGUCCCUUUCUCGAAAAAAUCAGAGAAAACAAAAUAGAAAUGAUGGCGAAGGAUUCUGGUGGCCCCAACUUCGAUCUUCCCCAGGAGGUGGUGGAAGUGCUGCCGUCCGAUCCUUUCGAGCAGCUCGAUGUGGCCCGCAAAAUCACCUCCAUUGCCCUCUCCACCCGUGUCUCCGCUCUCGAAUCCCAGUCCUCCGCCCUCCACUCCAAACUCGCCGACAAGGACCAGCUCGUCGCUGACCUCCGGGCCCAGAUUGAGUAUCUCGACGCCUCCCUAUCCGAUACCGCCGAUCAACUCGCCCUUGCCAACGAGGAAAAGGCGAGCUUGCUAAAACAGAACGCUUCGCUGUCCAACACCGUGAAGAAGCUUAAUCGAGAUGUCUCCAAGUUGGAGGUCUUCAGGAAGACACUCGUGCAAUCUCUUCAAGAGGAGGAUGAAAAUAAUGUAGGGGCUCCAGAGGUUGUUGCUAAGAUACAAAGCCAUUCAAGUUUAUCUUCUGCGUCACAGAUAGGAGAUGAUGAUGCCACAUUUCCAUAUUCUAGAUAUUCUUCACUCCAGAGUCAGAGGCCUGAACUAGGAAAUUCAUUUGCAGAGGAUCAUGAGGCUGAUGUAAGACCUCGCAUCUCACCUGGCCUCCUAUUAGCAUCCCAAGCUGGCACACCUCAGCUCACUCCUCCAGAUUCCCCCCAUAGCCUAUCUGCAUCGGUGUCUCCAGCAAGAACAUCUAAACCUGUGUCUCCAAGGCUGUAUUCAACGUCUUCUUUGGUGCACUCAAGCCAUCAUGGUUCGAUAUCAAGCUCUGACACAGGAUCGCAUAGUGGAAGAACACGGGCUGAUGGGAAAGAAUUCUUUCGCCAAGUCAGGACCCGAGUGUCUUACGAGCAGUUCGGUGCCUUUCUAGCAAAUGUUAAGGAAUUGAAUGCCCACAAGCAAACAAAAGAAGAGACUCUACUCAAGGCUGAUGAGAUUUUUGGCCCAGACAACAGGGACCUUUAUACGAUAUUUGAGGGGUUGGUCACUCGCAACGUCCACUGAAAUUGCAUAGCUGGAACUGUGAUUACAGUUUGUAAGCAAUGCUGAUUAUUUCUCUAGUCUUUAGAGCAGUUCACCCUGUAUACCACUUCAAUAAAAAGUGCAGCUAAACGAUUCUUUGAA